AUGAACAUGAAAACGUCAAAACUAAUGAACAAAGUUGGACCAUCCGGCAACAAGCAAGGGAAAGUAUGGGACCUUAAGGGUUGUAAUGCCAUCGUUCAAUUCAUCGUUUCGUACGAACCUCAAAAGAUUAACUCACUUCAGUUUCACUACAUUGAUGAAGAUGAUAAUGGGAGGUUGAAGUUGUCUGAGAUUAAACUGGACUAUCCGAAUGAGUACAUAACUAUGGUACGAGGUUGGUACAGCGACUCGGGUGUAGAAGAACUAACAGUUUCAACAAACAAGAUGACAUACUUAUUCGGAAAAGCAUCAGAAUCCGAUGACAAGCAAUGGUUCUGGUAUGAUCUAGGAGGGUUCAAUCAAUUCGGCGGAUUUCAUGGAACCUGUGACUCUGAUCGCAUCAACUCCAUUGGGGUCUAUUUCAAACCAGCUACGGAGUUUGUAGCUCCUUCGACAACGACUCCGAAGGCAGCAGAACCAUCAGAGAGUGUUUCAGACCUGCCAUUGAUUUAA